AUGAUAGUCUCCGACGGCGACAUGUACCCGCACGUGCUGAACACCGACGUGAUCUGCGCGAACGCGAGGACGCGCGGGGAGAGCCAGACGCCCGAGCCCGCCGAGUUUUUGGAUGCGAUCGGCGUCGCAUUGGCGAUACCUUUCGGCGAGGUGACCGCGAAAUUGAAGCAGUCAGCGCUGGCCGCGGGGGGCAUCGGGCUCGAGUUUAGUUGGUAUAUCAUCGCAAGCAGUGGCCAGUCCAGCGCCGCCAAUCACCCGAGCCUCACCGUGGACGCAGGGAUCGUGGGCAAGAGGCUGGGCUUUGUCAGAGUGGCGAUGGUGCCUUACCUCGCGCAGUACGGAAGCCCCGACAUAGCGCUGGAUGCUCGAAUGCUGGCGUUGACCUGGGCGACGGGCGACAUCCUGGCUUUCGCCGGGUUCAUCCGGGGCCAGGACGCGGCGCCUCGUUCGCGCCAUGCCCGCUUUAAGGCGGAGGCGGGCCUGUCGGCGCCCAGAUGCAGAGGUGGAGGCGGCGGCGGCGGCGACAACCCGACGUCGCUGACUCACGCAGAAAAGAUGGCGCACGAGAGCAAGGCGCUGAAGAAUAAGUUCGCGGCGGUCGAUCCGCGGGGCAAGGUGGGGCGGGAGCUCCGGCGGCCCAGGGGGCCGCCGGGGGCCCGCGACCUUCGAGUGGGCGUCCGCGCCGCGGAGGCUGCCCCCAGUUCCCGCGGCGCCCUGGGUCUCGCGAGCCUGUCCGGCAACGCCUCCAAGUGCGACGCCUCGGAGACGCUCGCUGGACACGCGCGAGAGUUGCGGCGCGACUGGCGCCAGCGCUUGCUACGAGCAUCCGACAACCUAUCGCUGAGCCCAGUGGACAUCGUCGCGUCCAUAGCCGUUCCCUGGCCCCCGAGCGAGUUCAACCCCGCCGACGAGGUCAGUCGCGCCCGCUCCCUCGGUGACGUCGAGCAGAGGGAACAGCCUGGACACGACCGCGCCAGCUCCGGCGCUGCCGAGUCGCGCGGCGCCGUGACGGACGCGCUGGGGGGCGAAGACCGCAGCGGGGCCAGCGACAGCAGCUCCAGCUCGGAGAGCCACGGUGGCGGCGCGCACUGGUGGGCACGGGGCGCCAGGGGCCGAGGUGCCGUGGAACGCGCCAGAGGCAGAGGUGCUGUGGAACAGCGGGCCGCGGCCAGGUUGGACCACUACGGCCGCGCGCGGAGCGACUUCGAGCCUGGCUCAAGCUUCCAGCAGACCAAGGAGCUGAAACCGUCCACGCGCACCGCCUUCAGGGAGCGAGUUCGGGACUUCUUGGAGUGGGCCAGCGAGGGCGCCCUGGGCGAGAUCUCCGACCAGCUGCUCGACCAGCUUGCCACGAAGUACAUGGGCGCGCUCUUCUUCGACGGGAUGGAGGUCGGCGAGGGCCCCGUGCUUUCGGCAGCGCCGCGGCACUUGCGGCCCAGCCGGGGGGCGACCAAGUACGGCAACUUCCCCGUGACAUGGGCGGCCUCGGCAGCCUACCGCAGGCGAACUCACGGCUCGUCCCGAGAGCCUCUGUGCCGCCCGCGGGUGCUUGCCUUGAUCGGCGUCAGCUUGUCGCUGAAGGACCUGGAGUUCUCCGCGGCGUCGCGGGUUGCAUGGGUUUGCCUGGGGCGGCGCGCUGCGCCUUCCCUCCGACCUCGCGGCACGAGCGCGAAGGCGCCGGUCGGGCUUGGGAGGGGCGGGAAGUCUGUCCGGGCCCCGCCCCUCUACCCGAGCACCGAGGAGGCGAGGCCCGCUGCGGCGCAACGUGGCGGCAGCGCAGGGCGCGCCGCUGACGGGCAUCAGCGAGCGGCUGAGACGCACGAGCCCGCGUUGCAGCUUGCGCUGCGCCAUGCGCGUCCGCUACUCCGCUACCUCGCCCUGCUGAACCUGGCGCCGCUCGCCGUCGCGGAGUGGUCCGAGGUGGUGGGCAGCAGGCCCGGGCCGUUGCUGAGCGGCACCGAGACGUUCCAGGCCCCCGCCUUCUUGCCGCCCAGUGCGCUGCAGCCCAUGCGCUGCAGCUGCGAGAGGGGCUCCGCUUCGGGUUCCAAGAGAGCGGUCAGAUCUUCCCAUGGGGCCAGGUUCCCAAAGAGUUGGGUCAGCAAGCAAAUGUGCAAUUCGAGUGACCACGCGUCUACGUGGGUGAACGGUUUCAUUUGCGACCUGCGCUCGGUGACAAGGCGGCUCGAGGCAUCCGCGACCUUCGGGUGCGUGAGUUUGGCCGACUGCGCUUCCUGCCUCCGCGCACGCGUCAUAGAUUUCACGCCUGGCGAGGCGCCCGCGGGGUGGACGCUCCCCGGCCGCUGCCAUUGGGGCCUGAGGGCCGCCGAGCGCUGGUUCGAGAAGGCCCUCGAGGCUGGGGCGGCCCCGAAUCUGGUCACGUUCAACGCCCUGAUCGACGCCGCGGCGCAGGAGGGCAACCUGGCGGUCGCCCAGAACUGGGCCUGGAGGCUGUUCAGGACAGAGCUCGGCUGCAAUUUGGCGACCUACGAAGGCGUCAUCGGCGCUGCCGCUCGCUUCGGGAGCAUGGCGCCAGCGGAGAACUGGUUCUCCCGCGCCGUGCGCUCCGGAGAGCAGCCGGAGCUGAGCACCUUCAACGCCGUCCUGCGCGCUGUUGCCAAGGAUGGGUCGGUGCACGACGCCGAGAAGUGGUUCAGGAAGGCUUUGGCGUCCAGCAUCGAGCCCGAUGUCGAGACUUUCAACUGCAUGGUCCAAACAGCUGCCAGAUGCAGUGAUCCGCUCGCCGCUGAGAACUGGUUCAAGACGAUGAUCAAGACCGGCAUCAGCCCGACGCACGACUCCUUCGCUGCCAUCAUGACUGCAGCUGCCAAGAGCGGGGACAUGGCACUCACGGAGUUCUGGUUCGACGAGUGCGUGCGGGCGGGCGUGAGGCCGCGGGAGGCGCACUUCCAGAUCUGCAUGCAGGCGGCCCUGGAGGCGCAGGACCCGCGGUCGGCCAGCCGCUGGGCGGUCCGCGCGCGGGAGGACCUGCGCCUGUGGGCUAUGCCAGUCCUCGCUGGCGCCUGCGGGUCUUGCAAGCCUCGCCCGCAGGAAGACCCGUCAUGA